AUGCAUCCCCUUCCGGCUAGCCAUCGCUUGUCCUCUCCGUACGGAGCACCAGUCUCCCGAAGCCCCAGCAGGGACUCUGCCUGGCGCCCGUGUCCGGCAUCCCCUCCGCACUCCGCCCGGCUCCUCUCUUACGCCCGACGACACCACAACAGUCGAGUUUGUGCCUACGCCUUGAUCGCAACCGCAGCCACCGUUAGGCAGGCAGUCGAGGAGGCAGACCAGCGGAGACAGUCGAGGAGGCAGACCAGCGGAGACGGUCGAGGCAGACAGGCGGCGGGCAGGCGGCCCUCCAACGGCUCGUCAAGCGACGACAAUGGCCUGUGGGCUGAGACACGUGUCCAUCGCCGCACUCCACGGACCCUCUCCCAGCACCCUCCCGUUCUGUUCGCCUUGCUCGCCAUUCCGUCGCGUCCGCCGCCAUCCCGCGGCUUCGUUGUUCAAAGCGCCAUCAUUAUCCAUCAGUACGCACUGCCAGAUGAAAUCACCGUCAACCUCGCUCUCGGUGCCGGUCAUGGCAGUGCCUGGUUGACAUCCAAGUCACGAGACCUCACUCAGGGGUUGAACUGCUUGACACCCAAGCGACUCCGUGACGUCUUGCAUAGACCUCGUCAAAUAUCUGCAGAGUAA